UUGCUUUGGCCGAGAUGACCAUUAUUUCUUGAAGCUGUCUGUUGUAAGCGCUUUUAGCAGUUAACGACUUCUACUAUGGCACAGGCGGCACAAGUUAAUGUCUUCGACCCUAAUAACGCUCAGAUACAGGUGGAACACGAUAAAAAACGUCGGCAGUUUGUUAUAAGGCUGAAUGGGUCUCAUGACCGUGCAGUUCUUCUCUAUGAGUACGUUGGAAAGAAGACUGUAGACCUGCAACACACUGAAGUUCCAGAUGCUUAUCGAGGGAGAGGGAUUGCUAAGCACCUGGCCAAGGCAGCCAUGGAUUUUGUGGUGGAAGAAGAUCUGAAAGCUCACUUGACUUGCUGGUACAUUCAGAAAUUUGUCAAAGAAAAUCCUCAGCCACAGUACUUUGAGCAUAUUUAUCAAUGACCGCACAUGGCAUGGAAAGAAGCGGAAUGGAGAGUGUGACGAGACUCUCAGGAGACAAAUCUGAUCACAUGCUUUGGAGUUAAAGGUGGAGUAACAACAGAAGACUUUCCAGGCAUUGCUACAUGUGCCAUUGAGUGACUCAAAAGAAACUGGGGACACGGUAUGACUCCUUUGACCGGAGUGUUGGUCAGCUGGUCAGUGCAAAACACAGCCACACUCACCAUAAGAAGAAAGUGGAUCUGCUGUUGAUUUUCUUUGGUGCAUCAGCAAACAAACCAACCAAAGCUGAAGCCUGAUACCUCAAAAAAGAAACAUUCAGGAUCUAAACCUCUCACUGCCUGGAAGCCAC